AAAUAUUAUACCUAAUGUGUAUUUUUCUCAGGAAAUAUAAAAAACUCAACAAUUAUUUUAGUUUUCGAGCAAUGAACACAUUAGUUAAACAAUGGUGUGCGUUUUUAACGAUCAAUAUUUUAAACUACUAUUUGUAAUAUUACGUAUUAUUGAAUUCUUAAUACAAAUCCAAAAGAAAUUUACUAAACAGUAAUGACAUCUACUUCGUAUUAUUCUCAAACUCAAACUAUCCCAUAACAAUAAAUCACUAAUAUAAUGUACUUAAACAUUAAUCAGUGAUAGAAUCUAUUUUGGUAUAGGUGCAAUGUGCAAAUGAUAUUGAGCUGUAUCAAACCAUCACCAAGUGAAACGGAGGAGGUAUAAGCGGGAACGAUCGAGAAUCAGAUCCCUCAUUGCUUUAAACGGCUUAAACAAUAAGUUCCGGCUUGUGAAUUUCAAUAUUUUAUUUCACAAAACUCUGGCAUGGUGGUAGAAUUUUCAACAUUAGGAACGUUUUAUACGGUUGAAGUCAAGUGACCGGAAGGUGCUCAAUAACAAAUAACAUUCACGAUGAAACGGUUGUCGAAAAAAUUGUGUUUGUAUUUUUUACUGGCACUACUCAUUGUUUGGCUGUAUAAUGUCAUAAAGUUCAUAACUUUUUGUAAACGUCCAAAUGAUAGUGAAUUGAAUGGUCCAAAAGUAUCCAUGGAUGAUUCAAAUCUUGUAAGAAAACUGCGAGAGAAUUUCCUAGUCAAACCUAUUGAAGAAAAUAAAGGGAGUAGAACUCGUUAUAAUUUAAUUGACAUGUCGUUAAGAGAUCCAUCAAUGGGGCAAGCUGCUGAAAUAGCCAAGAUCAUCGAUUAUACAAAAGGAGGAUUUUUUAUUGAAUGCGGAGCUUUGGAUGGUGAAACAAGGUCUAAUACAUUAUAAUUAGAACGAUAUUAUGGAUGGACAGGAUUACUUAUUGAAGCAGAUCCUUUAAAUUUUGCGAAAAUGUUAAAAAAGGGUCGUCGAGCAUAUUUAUCACCUACUUGUCUUAGUGUCAAUCCUUAUCCAGAAAUUGUUUCUUUUCUUCAACGAAGUAAUAUGGGUCGAAUAGCAAACGAUGAGGUUGUCGAAGACGACAUUUUUAGAAGAAAAUCACCUAGUGUUAACGUACAAUGUUUCCCAUUCUAUACAUAUAUUUUAGCAUUAAAUAUAACAGUUAUAGAUUAUUUCAGUUUAGAUGUCGAAGGAUCAGAGUUGAAUGUAUUAAAAACUAUUCCGUUUGAUAAGGUUGAUAUAAGAACUUUAUCAGUUGAAUUUUUCCAUGUAAAAGAAGGUGACGAUGGUGUAAGAACGUAUUUAGAAGAUAAAGGGUAUAUAGUAACUGGAAAAGUAACUAGGCAGGAUCGAUUAGCAAAUGAUUACAUAUUUGCAAAACCGUCAGCACUCACACAAAAUCUAUCAUUUUAUGUAACCUGAUAAAAACGAAUGCAAUUUAUGAAUACGCUAUAGACUGAAGUGCCUAAUGAAAUAUUUUAUUUUGAAAA